CUUCUGCUGAGAAUUGAGCCUGGAAGCUAGGGAGAAGGGGCCAGUCCAUUCUGGGGGUUUCCUGGGUUUUGACUCACACACUACCUCAUUCUGUCCCAGGUGAGUUGCAUCCCUUGGAGAUCUCUCCAUUAGUGGAAGAUGUGGCCACUCCUUAUGUUGAUAGCAUUGCCAGGACUCCUUCAUGCUCAGCAGGCCUGUUCUCGGGGGGCCUGCUACCCUCCUGUUGGCGACCUGUUGGUUGGAAGGACUCGGUUCCUUAAAGCGUCCUCUACCUGUGGAAUGACGAAGCCUGAGACCUACUGCACCCCGUAUGGCGAGUGGCAAUUGAAAUGUUGUAAGUGCGAUUCCCGGCUGCCUCAUGGUUACAACAGCCACCGAGUGGAGAAUGUGGUCUCCUCCUCUGGCCCCAUGCGCUGGUGGCAGUCCCAAAAUGAUGUGAGCCCUGUUUCUCUGCAGCUGGAUCUGGACAGGAAAUUCCAGCUCCAGGAUAUUACAUUGGACUUACAGGGGCCACUACCAGCAGGCAUGCUGAUUGAACAUUCUCCAGACUUUGGCAAGACUUGGAAGGUCUAUCAAUACCUGGCUCCCAACUGUGCUACUGCCUUCCCCCAGCUCCGCCAGGGCCGACCUCAGAGCUGGCAAGAUGUUCGGUGCCAGCCACUGUCAGCCCAGCACACUGGGCCUAACCGUGGGGGAAAGGUGCACCUCAACCUUAUGGACUUAGCAUCUGGGAUUCAGGCCACUCAGAGUCAGAAGAUUCAUGAGCUGGGGGAAAUUACCAACCUGAGAGUCAACUUCACCAGACUGGCUCCAGUGCCCCAGAGAGGUUACCGCCCACCCAGUGCCUACUUUGCUGUGUCCCAGUUGCGGUUGCAGGGGAGCUGCCUCUGCCAUGGCCAUGCUGACCGCUGCGCUCCUCUCCCUGGCACCCCUGCUGACCCCUCAGCUAGAGUGCAGGUCCAUGAUGUCUGCGUCUGCCAGCAUAAUACUGCUGGUCCCAACUGUGACCGCUGCGCUCCUUUCUACAACAACCGGCCCUGGAAACCUGCUGAUGACCAGAAUCCUCAUGAAUGCCAGAGGUGUGACUGUAAUGGGCAUUCAGAGACGUGCCACUUUGACCCAGCCGUGUUUGCUGCCAGUCAGGGGGUGAGUGGAGGUGUAUGUGACAGCUGCCGGGACCACACAGAAGGGAAGAAUUGUGAGAGGUGUCAGCUGCACUACUUUCGGAACCGCCGUCCGGGUGCUCCCAUUCAGGAGACCUGUAUCCCUUGUGAGUGUGACCCAGAUGGGGCAGUGCAGGGGGCCCCCUGUGACCCACUGACUGGGCAGUGUGUGUGCAAAGAGAACGUGAAGGGGGAACGCUGUGACCUGUGCAAGCCAGGUUUCACUGGACUCACCUAUGCCAACCCACAGGGCUGCAGUCGCUGUGACUGUAGCAUCCUGGGAUCCCGGCGAGACAUGCCCUGUGAUGAGGAGACUGGGCGUUGCCUAUGCCUGCCCAAUGUUGUUGGUCCCAAGUGUGAUCAAUGUGCUCCCCAUUACUGGAAAGUGGCCAGUGGCAGGGGCUGUGAGCCAUGUAACUGUGACCCUCACAACUCCUACAGCCUACAGUGUAAUCAGUUCACAGGUCAGUGUCCAUGCCGGGAAGGAUUUGAUGGCCCCACGUGCAGUGCUGCAUCCAUCCGCCUGUGUCCUGAUCGGUCUUAUGGAGAUACUGGUUCAGGAUGUCGAGGCUGUGACUGUGACUUCCGGGGGACAGAAGGUCCAGGCUGCGACAAGGCUACAGGUCGAUGCUUGUGUCGCCCGGGCUUUGCUGGUCCCCGUUGUGACCAGUGCCAGAGGGGCUUCUGUGACAACUACCCCAUCUGUGUGGCCUGCCACCCCUGCUUCCAGACAUAUGAUAGGAACAUCCGAGAGGAAGUCCCGCGUCUUAGGGCCCUGCUCAACAGCACAGCUGGGCUCCGGCCAGGGUCUGGCCUAGAGGAACAUAGGCUGGGUCCCCGCAUAGCGGAGGCAGAGAACAGCAUCCGACAGAUCCAGGCGAUCCUCCGAAUGCCCUCAGUCACAGAGCAAGAGAUAACUGAGGUGGCAAAUGUCAUCUUCUCUGUCAGGAGGACCCUCCAGAGUCUGCGGACCGAUCUGCCCUUAGAAGAGGAGACAGAUUCUGUUUUGAGAGAGCUGGAGAAUCUGGACAGAAGUCUUAAGCUUCUCCUCAUCCAAUAUCAGAACAAGAGAGAACAAUUUGAGAGAAUUAGUAGCACAGACCCAUCAGGUUCCUUCCGGAUGCUGAGCUCUGCCUACCAGACGUCUUCCCAAGCUGCUCAACGUAUUGCUAGCAGCUCAGACCUGCUGCUCCAGGCCCGUAACAGCCGGAGAGAAGCUGAGAGGCUGGAGAGGCAGGUAGAAGGAAGUGGAAGUUCUGGGGGGCCACAGCUCCAGACCCUGAGGCAACAAAUGGCUUCCUUUCCCAAUCUGACGCCCACCAUCAACCAGAUUUGCGGGACUACAAGGCAGGAGACCUGUACCCCGGGGCAAUGCCAAGGGGUGCUGUGUCCCCGAGACAAUGGCACAGUCUGUGAUGCUGACUGUAGAGGCAUCCUCCGGCAGGCAGGCAGUGCCUUCAGGACUGCCAAGCAGGUGUCCCAACAGCUCCAGAACUUCAAUGCUCAGCUCCAACAAACCAAGCAGAGGAUCAGGGAAGCAGAGGAAGCUGCCACCCAGAUCCAGACAGAUGCCCAGCGCCUAGAGAUCCAGGUGAGCAACAGCCGUUCUCAGAUGGAAGAGGAUGUCCGACGCACCCGCCUCCUCAUCCAACAGGUCCGAGACUUUCUCACUGACCCCAGCACAGAUGCAGCCACCAUCCAGGAGAUCAGUGAGUCAGUUCUGGCUCUAUGGCUGCCCACGGACUCAGCGACAGUCCUCCGGAAGAUGAAUGAGAUCCAGGCCAUCGCAGCCAGGUUGCCUAAUGUGGACCUGAUUCUGUCUCAGACUAGGCAGGACAUCGCUCGGGCUCGGAAGCUGCAGGAGGAGGCAGAAUUGUCCAGGGGCCGUGCCAUUACUGUGGAGAGUCAGGUGGAGGAUGUGGUAGAGAACCUGCGCCAGGGCACGGUGGCACUUCAGGAGGCGGAGGACACCAUGCAAGGUACCAGUCGCUCCCUGGGACUCCUGCAGGACCGGAUCACUGAGGUCCAGCAGGUUCUCGGUCCAACAGAAAGGAUGGUGACAGGUAUGACAGAGCAGCUGACCAGCUUCAGGGACCGGAUUGAGCAGCUCCGUAACAAGGUUGGGGAGCAGAGAGCAGAGUCUGCCCAAGCCCAGCGGAUUGCCCAGGAGGCCAAUGAGCAUGCUCUCAGUGCUCAGCAGGGAUUUGAGAGAGUCAAACAAAAGUAUGCAGAACUGAAGGACCGGAUGGGUCAGAGCCCCAUGCUGGGGGAGCAAGGGGACCGGAUCCUGAGCGUCAAGUCUGAGGCAGAAGAGCUCUUUGAGGAGACCAUGUCUAUUAUGGACAGGAUGAAAGAUAUGGAAGCAGAGCUGCUGCUCGGAAACCAGGCCAUCAUCCAGCGCUCAGCAGACCUGACCGGUUUGGAAAAGCAUGUGGAGAAAAUCCGGGACCACAUUAAUGAGCGGGUGCUCUACUAUGCCACCUGUCAGUGAUCCCUGUUAUCCUCAAGCCCUGGGCCCUGCCAGUUUUUGCUUUUCCUUGGAGAGUAGGAAUCAGCUUUUAGCUCCACGUUGCCUCUCUUACUUUCCAAGAACAGCCUAGAAGCCCUGGGUCUGUGUAAGCAGCUGGUUGGGUUACUGGCAGUGGCAGACAAGAGGAAGGGGCUGGACCACUGGGGGCUUGUCUUUGAAGCUGGCAAAGGUGCGUGCAUGAUUAAGGGCAUCUCAGAUGGAUAGAGUGGAUUGUUGAUGCACCAAACACCCAACUCUUAAGUGAUAAAUGAAUGUGAAGCAGUCAUCAGCCUAAUAAAAAUCUUUGUUUUGUAAA